AUGGCGUGUCGUCAACCUAAAUGUUCCGAAACCGUCGUAAUCCACGAGUUGCUGGCCUUUGUUCAACAAAAAUUGGACGUCAUGGACCAGGUGUCUCUGGAGCAGAUACUGAUGACAAGCUUCACCGAGGACGAGAUCAUCCAAGCGAAGAAGAUGUUAGCAGAUUCAGCCGUGACCCAAAUCCGUCUUAUUACACGUCACAGGGAUGGACGCGAUUUGGACCACAUAGCCGAUUGGUGUGAUCAAAAUAAUGUGGUAUUAAACCCCAUUAAAUCUAAGUAUAUGUUACUGGGAACGCAAAACCAGACAAAUACUAUUCUAACUUUCAAUCCGCAAAUUAAUAUCAAGAGUAAUCCUUUAGAACGUGUAUUGGAAGGUCAGAACUUAGGUCUCGUUAUGGCUGGAAGGUUGCGUUUUGAGGGUCAUGUACAAGAAACCAUGCGUUACUGUUUCUAUAGACUCAAAGUCUUGUACCAGAUAAGAGAGUAUUUGACAGUGAACGUGCGCAUUAGGUUAUGUGAAGCACUCAUUCUGUCGAAGCUAACUCAUGCGGAUACAGUAUUUGGUGAGUGUUUGCUCGUUAGAACCAAAAGAUUAAUACAAAGAGUUCAAAACGCCUGUGAACGUUUCUACUUCACUAAAUAA